AUGUCAGAGAUUGCAGCAGCUAAUGUCAAAACUCGGUUUCUAGUUUUUUCCGACACACAUGGGGUUAAUAGUCCACCAGACUUCGUCUCGGGUCAAUAUGUGGAUGUCGCGAUUCACUGUGGGGAUCUCACUACAGAAUCGAAAAUCGACGAGUACAAAGCCUCGAUUCGUUUCCUGCAAGCCGUAAAUGCCCCUCUUAAACUUGUGAUCGCUGGCAAUCAUGACUUUACUAUGGACAUCCCAAUUUUCCAAAGAAAAGUCGCACAAGCCCAACCCUUGGAUCCUCAAUUAGUUCAAAAGGUCUACGGCAACUACGAAGAAGCUCGAGGGUUAUUCAACGAGGAAGAAACGGGUAUCACUUUCUUAGAUGAAGGAACCCACUCUUUCCGCUUACAAAAUGGUGCCCUAUUGAGGGUUUACGCCAGCCCAUACACCCCAUCGCUUGGCGAUUGGGGAUUUCAGUAUCACCCCGACCGUGGACAUGACUUUCAAAUCGAGAACGUCGAUGUCGUGAUAACACAUGGACCUCCAAAGGGUAUCAUGGACUACACACACUCUGGCCAGCGCGCCGGCUGCCCACAUCUGUUCAGGGCUAUAGCUCGAGCCCAACAUCGGCCCCUGAUGCAUUGUUUUGGUCACAUCCACGAAGGAUGGGGUGCUAAGCUUGUCCGAUGGCGCCAGAAAAUCAGCCUGGAGCCUUCUCACUUGACUGAUAUCGACAACGAAAAUUCUGUUCUCAUAUCCCGACUCUCCACUAUCAAAGGCAAAGGGAGUACCCCAGAGUGCUCUAGUACGAAGAAUUUCUCCGAGUAUCACGGUCCGCUGAAACGGGGCUCUGAAACACUUUUUAUCAACGCCGCAUUUCAGGGUUCCGAAGUCCCUUUGAUACAACCACCGUGGCUUGUCUCCCUCGGUCUUCCAGCAGUGGUAUGA